GCUUUCUUCAUAGCUGAAGGAGGCCCGUUCAAAUCUCUGACACUUUCUCUCCAACUAACACCCCAUCACCUCUCUCAAAGCUCUUUUCUCUGUCAUACCAUAGCCUCAGCCAACUAAUCCCCUCCGACCUCUACACUCUUCUUCAUCAUGACAGACCCCCGCACAGGCAGCGCCUGGAUCCUCCCCGCCGAAAAACUAAACUCAAUUUACCCUCACCUGGGCAGCAUCUCCAACCUCUGGCACAAAAAAUGGUCCUUUCCCGCCAGUAAAUCCCUCUAUCCCUUCCACGAUGGCCUUUACGAAGACUUCGCUCCGAUUUUCGAAUCUCUGAUCUCAAAGGGAAUCCACGAUGGCUACACAGACGCAUACACUCGCGAAUUCGUCCCGACGGCUGAGAGAUUAGUCGCCGAAGCAGAUGAGAAAUUAGAGAAAGGAGAAGACAAGGAAGAAGUGAUUAAGGUCUACCUUCGCGCGUGUGCGGUAUACCGGAUAGCGAGAUUCCCGUACAUCAAUUCAGAUUUGAAGAGGGAUGUUUAUGCGGCGCAGAAGAAGGCAUAUUUGAAAGCUGCGGCGUUGUUUGAGGUUCCGAUCGAAGAUGUUGAAAUUGAGCAUACAGCGGGGAUCGCAGGUCAAGAUGAGGGAGAUAAAGUGCCAUUGUACGUUCGCGUGCCGAAGGAUGCGAGCAACGAGAAGCCAGCUCCAGUGGUAUUGUUGAUGUGUGGGUUGGACGGACAUCGCCCAGACAAUACUGUACGAAGCGAUGAGUUCUUGAAGAGAGGGUGGGCGAGCGUUAUUGCCGACAUCCCUGGUACGGCCGACUGUCCUGCGCUGCGCUCUGAUCCAACAAGUGCCGAUCGUCUGUGGACCUCCAUCCUGGACUGGAUCUCCACGCAACCUCACCUCAAUUCUCGUAAAGUUCUUGUCUGGGGCCUUUCGGCGGGUGGCUACAACGCCACUCGUGUGGCACAUACUCACGCGUCCCGCAUCAUAGGCUCCGUAGCCCAAGGAGCCGGAACACAUCACUUCUUCAGUCGAGCUUGGUUAGAGAAGGCCGCCAACCACGAAUAUCCUUGGACAGCUCUGCCUGCACUGCGUGAGAAGUUUGGAUACGAAACUGAAGAUGCGAUGUUGGACCACGCACAACAAGAGUGGAGCUUGCUGGACAACAAGAUUGUCGAGAUGCAGAGCUGCAGACUGCUGAUGGUAAACGGAACGCAUGACGGGCUGAUGCCAAUUGAGGAUAGCAUGUUGAUGAUGGAGUACGGAAGGCCAAAAGAAGGAAGGUUUUUCACUGGACUGCUACACAUGGGAUAUCCGCCUGCGAACGGCAGCGUGUACCCGUGGAUGGGAGAGGUGAUGAAUAGUGUGCAAUCGUAGACAACAAGAAAUUGACUUUCGGAUCGAAGCCCGCGACCGGGCCGCUUUCUGCGGAUGAAUGCUUGAGCUCGAAGCGUGGCGCUCUGUGAGUCGAAUGCUAUUGCAGCGGCUCCAAAGCAGUAUUCCACGCACAUGUGUGUGCUUCCGACUGGUCUUCGUGGGAUGCGAAUCACAUGCUGACACCACCACGCAUCCUGACCUCGGCUUGCCACGUUGCUUAGUGUUAUGCACAGUCUGCGACACUGC